ACCCUCUUCGUCUACGGCAUCCUCUUCGCCCUCUCCCCCCUCCCCCUCCUCGCCCCCCACCCCGCCCCCGCACUCCUCCUCCUCGCCCUCCAGCUCUACCUCAUGGCCCUCAUGAGCCUCAGCAUCGUCGUUUCCGUCGCCGAAGAGACCCUCGCCUGGGACGCCAUUCGGGUCGGGUCGGCCCUCAUGGAGGGAAACCGCCUCUGCGGCUCCCUCCUCUCGGGUCUGUUCGUGCUUGGGUCGGGCCUUAUUGGGUCGAAGCUGGAGCGCUUGAUGGACGCUGAAGAUUCGAUCGGGCUUGUGGAUAAAGCCACCGUUAUAGUUUGCUACGCCUUUUUAGUUCUGUCUAGUUAUGUUGUUAUGACUGUCUUUUACUUUCAUUGUAGAAAACGCCAUCCCCAACCCCAACCUCAACCUCAACCUCAACCUCAACCUCAACCUCAACCUCAACCUCAACCGCAACCGGAUCACCAACUCUCUCUAACUGUAACAUAAACAAUGUAAUUCAACCUCAUCUCAUCACCUUCCAAUUUUCUUUAACGCUUCA